UACCUCAUUUAUGGCCCUAUAUUCAUUAUGCUUUAUUGCCUGAUUUAUUUCCCUCUCUCCCCCCCUUCUCUCUCUCUCUCUCUCUCUCUCUCUCUCUCUCUCUUAUAUAUAUAUACACGUAUGUACAUUCUCACUUCACUUCCAUAUAAAGCAAUAUCGAUCUCCAUUGUUAGCCCAGAUAUACACAAAGCAGAAAGAUCAGUAAGAAUACACACACAUACAUACAUAUAAAUAUAUAUAUAUUUAUGCACGUGAUCAUCUCAAUGGGCAAUAACCCGGGCAUUGUCGUCUGCACCUAUUUGUGUAUGUGUCUGAUUCUUCUCACGGGAAUGGGAUGCUCCUCCUCACGUGCCCAUGAGUUCCCCGUGGGGUGGGUGGUCCGCCCCGCCGAGCCCUACCCCCACUGGGCCGAACGCCUCAGAUUUCAAGUCAACGACACCCUCCGGUUUAAGUACAAUAAGGAUUCCGACACGGUGGCGGUGGUGAAUUCCGGCGACUACGCCCAAUGCAGCGCCGGAAACCCUCUGGUCCAGCUCGCCGGCGGGAAUUCCGUCUUCAAAUUCGACCGGUCGGGGCCGUUCUUCUUCAUCACCGGCAACAAGUCCAACUGUGCCCAGGGCCAGAAGCUUAUCAUCGUCGUGCUCGCUGUCCGGAGCCCGCCGCCGCCGCCGCCGGUCGCCGCUGCUCCUGCACCGGCACCUGCUCCUACCGGCAGGAACGCCCCCCCGAAGGAGGGAUCCAGCGGCGGCGGCGGCGGAGGAGGAUCACCACAUACUCCGUCGGCGGCGGUGGCGGUGGCGCCGGCGAGCAGUCGUUGGGCAGUGGUGGUGGUGCCGAUGGUGUCGGGUUUGGUCUUCAGCAUGGGGUUUGGUCUUAAUUAAUUAGAUAUUAUUAUUAAUUAAUUAAGUCUAAAUUUGGUAUGGUUUUGGCUAGGUUGUCCUAAUUAUUACUCAAACUCACCUUAUAUAUAUUUGGUGGGUUUUUUUAUUUUAUUUAUUUUAAUCUUAGUUUCCUUCUAAUUAUAAUGUGAUUAACUGCU